AUGCACCUUCGGCUAUGUCUUUUUAUCGUCUUGGCGAUAGCUGUAGAUGUCUCGAAAGCAAGGCCUCAAAUGCGGGAUCCAGAUCUGAUUCACGAAACGGCUAGGUUGACUGAUCGGUUGGCUCAUGAAUUUGAGUUGCUGGCUGAAGAAGAUCGCGGCAUACAGCAUUCGUUUGGCCAUUUUAGAGGAGGGCCAGAGGAGACGCAAAACAUUGCAAAGCGAGUAGAUGAGUUUGUGCAACUCGGAAAAUCCGCAUUAACCAUUCUGCAAUCUGUUCUGAAGAUUGUUCAGAGUGGCCAGUAA